AUGCCAAGCAGUGUAGCAUCUGACAUGGACAACAAUCUCUUGUCGCCUACUACGACGAGGCGGAGCGGAUCUAGGGCAAGCACAACACGACGACUUUCCAGUCAGAGUGCCACCAGGGCGGAUUUGUUCGGAGGACCGACCGUGGUUGCCCCUCCUCAGCAUUUGGAAAGCUGCAGCAAUGCUCACGAGACUGCUCAUGCCAUGGAAUUGGCCAAACAUCACCUGGCAGAGGGCUCAGGAGAAAGCACUCCAACGGACUCCGGGCCUUCCACUCCAGAUGAAUCUGGCCUUGCCACCACCGACAAGUACGCCUUCGCCUUUGACAUCGAUGGUGUGCUCAUCAAGGGGGGCGAGGUCAUUCCCGAGGCUAUCGAGGCUAUGAAGGCCCUCAAUGGCCAAAAUGAGUAUGGGAUUAAAGUACCUUAUAUCUUUGUCACAAAUGGAGGGGGCAAGACCGAAGAAGAUCGGUGCAUCCAACUCUCUAAUCAGCUCCAAAUGGAGGUGUCUCCUGGACAGUUUAUCUGUGGCCAUACUCCUAUGAGGGAGCUGGCACAGAAGUAUGGCACUGUUCUCGUCGUCGGGGGCGAAGGUGAAAAGUGCAGAGAAGUUGCGCUGGGCUAUGGCUUCAAGGAUGUCAUCACUCCUGGAGACAUCAUCAAGGAUAACAAAGACACAACACCAUUCAGACAGUUAACAGAGGAAGAACUCACGAACUCAAAACUUCGAAAUUACGGGGAGGUCGAUAUCGAAGCAGUAUUUGUGUUUGCCGACAGCAGAGACUGGGCUGGUGAUUCACAGAUCAUCCUGGAUCUAUGCAUGAGCAAGAAUGGUCGCCUUGGGACCCGUUCAGAAACUUAUGACGAGGGUCCACCAGUUUUCUUUUCUCACAACGACGUCGUGUGGGCGACCUCGCAUAGCUAUUCGCGUAUUGGCAUGGGGGCUUUGCGAGCGUCGCUUGAAGCCAUGUUUCGAGCCAUCACUGGAAAAGAAAUGAAGACUGUUGCCUUUGGUAAGCCUCAAUUGGGCACGUUCCAGUUUGCAACCAGACUACUGCAGCAGUGGCGCAAAGACACACACGGCAUCAACAAACCUUUGGAUACGGUAUACUUUGUUGGUGACACACCUGAGUCAGACAUUCGAGGUACCAACGAAUUUGACGAGUCCGGUAAGGCUGAGACUAAUUGGUAUUCGAUUCUGGUUCGGACUGGAGUGUUCAAGGAAGGCACCCGCCCUGCCUACAUGCCCAAGAUGACUGUGGAUAAUGUGCUCGAAGCCGUCAAGCAUGGCAUGCAGCGGGAAUUCGACAAAGCUCUCAAAGAUCUCAGCAUUGGCGGCAAGGCACCUCAGCUGACCAGCGCGAUUGCGGAGGAUGUCUCAGAGGAGUCUUGA